UGAUGUUGAGCUGGAGUCUGGACGCCGGACACCACCGACAUCCGCCCGUCCAAUGAGCAGAGGAGGGGGCGUCGGCUUCAGUUCCUCACCGGAGAAACGACCAUAACAAAGCAGCGACGACGACCCGAAUGGAAACAGAGACGAACUAACGGAGAAAACAGACAGCUGCAGCAAUGGGCAAGUCCCAGUCACACUUGGCCAAACACAAGGGCGAGAGUCAGGACCCGCUGACGAGUGACGGCGAGUACAAAGACGGUCAGACAGAGGAGGACGGCAAAAAUGGAGACGUGUCUCAGUUCCCCUACGUGGAGUUCACCGGCCGGGACAGCGUGACGUGCCCCACGUGCCAGGGCACUGGCAGAAUCCCACGAGGUCAAGAGAAUCAGCUGGUGGCUCUGAUUCCAUACAGCGACCAGAGGCUCCGGCCAAGCAGGACAAAACUAUAUGUCACAAUAUCCGUGGCUCUCUGCCUGCUGCUGUCAGGUCUGGCUGUUUUCUUCCUCUUCCCUCGCUCCAUCGAUGUUUCCUACGUGGGCGUGAAGUCUGCCUACGUCUCCUAUGACCAGGACAAGCGGAUCGUCUAUCUCAACAUUACAAACACUCUGAACAUCACCAAUAACAACUACUACGCCAUAUCUGUGACCAACAUCACGGCACAAGUGCAGUUCUCCAAGACGGUGAUCGGCAAGGCCAAGUUCAGCAACAGCACGGUGAUCAUACCGCUGGAUGAACAGCAGAUCGACUACACCGUCCCCACCACCAUUGCUGAUGAGAUGAGUUAUAUGUUUGACUACUGCACUAUGCCGACCAUUAAAGUUCACAACAUAGUGGUAAUGAUGCAGGUGACGGUGACGACGACGUAUUUCGGACACGCGGAGCAGGUCUCCCAGGAGAUGUACCAGUAUGUGGACUGCGGUGGGAACACCACGUCCUUGCACGGGCAUGUGCAGGUCUACCAAUAAGGGCAAGCGAGAGACCCCCCCCCCCGGUGUCACACACUGCUGUAACAUAGGUCCUCGGAGAUAGACUGGGAUGACUUCCAUGUAGGAAAUUCUUGCACAGUGUCAACGGAUUACAGGACAGCAACAUAUCAUUUCUUAAAUUUGUCCCAGUGGCUCAUCCAUUUUUAAAUUCCCAACCACUUUUUUUUUCUUUCCCAUCCGCAGGUCAGAUAUGAUGUUGAGAGGAGGUAUUUUGUGUUACUUUUCAAAACCGGCUGUCAAAGCAGAUUUACUCACCCGCCACAGCCAGAGUUUUUUCAGGAUUCACCUGGAGGGUUGUCGUCAUCUUCCACCCUGGUGCCAGCAACGUAGAGCGAUGUAAUUUAAUAUUCACAUCAGUGGAGGGAAUCCCAGUGGUUUCAGAUCCGAUUGCACUUUAGCCCCAUUCCUUACCUAGAGAGUAAUAAGAAUGUUGAAUGAAUACGACAGGAAUGCUGUGAUUGUUGUUAUAUUCUCACCCCCCUUUUGAUAAAGAAUACAAUAACUACAAUGUGAGAGGGACUCAACUUUAUUUUUUGGGGGGGGGCACAGUAUAGAACCACUUUUUUCUGCCCUCUUUUCAUUCCUUCCUGCUGCAGUUUUAUCUCUUUUCUUUCCAGUAAAGUUAAAUUCUUGGUAUUGUAAUAGUGCAAUAUGUAUGAGGUGUCGUCUUUAUCAUUCGUUUUUUCCUUUAUUUUCAGCUUGAGUACAGGUCUACAGUACAGUACCGCUACUACUAACAGUAAUAGCAGUUAUUUUUAUGUUUAUGAGGGUAAUUUAAAAGCAAAUGUGACCACUGUGACACCUGACAUCAGCAUAUUCUGAAGGAUUAAAUGAAAUCGUUUUACAUUCAAGGAAAAAAAACUUAUUUUUAAAAGGGAUGAUAUUUUCAAUCUCAUAGGAAAUGUGGGAGCAUGACAGUGGACGAUUAAAAAACAGGAAUGUGUAAAUAUGAAAUAUGUGCUUUCCUUCUGGUUUGCUUUAAAACACUUCAUUUCCAGAGCUGUGUUCGAUCUGAUAACUUUUUUCCCAUUAACAAGUUUUAAUCUGGUUUCCUUGCUGUAUUAAUCCAAUCUGAAUCUCUUAUUUUAUCGUAUUUUGCGUUGAGUGCUGGUUUUUAAUUCAUGGUUUCACUUUUAUAAUGUGGUGGUAUUUGGAUUGGCUGAUGAUUAUAUUUUACAGCACAGACCGUUUAAAUGAUUUAAUGACUUCUUCUGACAGAAGAUGUCUGUAGCUCUGUUACGCUGAACACAUCAACUUUUACACAUGGAAUCUAUUGCACUUCUGUCUGUCCUGGGAGAGGGACCCCCCCACAUGUGGUUCCCUCCAUCAAAGUUGCUGGUCUGAGUUAUCACACUGGUUAUUCUGGCAGGUAAUAUGAUUUCUGGUCAGCGUAAGAAAACUGUAACCGUAGCUUCCAGCCCUGCCUGAUGUUUCAUAACACUGUAGAUGUUAAAACCUUAUUGUUUCUGCUUAACAUCACCUCAAUGUUUUUGAUGCAUGAAGCUGAAAAUAAAAUCAUGAUCCACUGUC